AAAUGAGUUUGUCAAAUGGUCUAUACGUGUAAAAUAGCAGGAUUUUUACAUAAAAAAGGCAGCUUUCUUACAAAAAUACCUUUUGUAACAAAACAGAUUUUUUACAUAAAAAAGCAGCUUUUUUACAAAAAUAUAUUUUGUAAAAAGGCAGCUUUUUUACAUAAAAAAGCAGUAUUUUUACAAGCGGCUAAUUUGUAAAAAAGCAGCUUUUUUACAUAAAAAAGCUGCUUUUUUACAAAAAUAUAUUUUUGUAAAAAAGCAGUAUUUUUACAACCGCUCAAUUUGUAAAAAAGCAGCUUUUUUACAUAAAAAUGACGCUUUUUUACAAGGACCGUUUUUUUAUGCAACAUAUAUAUAUAUAAAAUAGUUGGUUGCUACCCACAGGCUUUUUUCUCUUGAAUGUUUGGGAUUUCUGGGAGAUUAAUCAAAAGUAAAGCGAAUUCCCAUAGCAAGUUACCGAGAUCUUCAUUAUAUCGCUAGGAAGUCGUCAUCUGCUACAAAGAAUGCAAGUGGGCUUUGUGACUGUUUGAUUGGCAAGUUAAUUAAUGUUAUUAUUCAUUCAAAAUAUUUCCCCAAUUCUGAUUGGCUAAAAGCACUCGCAUAAAUCACCAUAAACAGUUACUGGUGACCAAAUUUGGAAGAAUUUUUACUUUAACGAGGAAAUGACGUCAAAAAUGCAGCGUUCUUACAGGUUAAGGCACCGUAGGAACGAGGCGGAGUUGUUUUGGUUGUGAAAAUAAAAAUGGCGCACACUUCACUCGUUUCAAGAGUAAAAAAUACAACUGAAAAAAACAGAAAGAAGACAACUUGGAGGGCGACAUCUGCUAUUUGGAGAAUAUUUGCGGAGCUGGACAAACCUAAAGGUACACUAUCGAAGACGAACUUAACAUCGAUGCAUGUAAGCAUGUUUUAGUUAUGUUUUUAAACUAAGAAUUAUUUCGGCGGGUGUUAUCCACCUCAGCCUUUGUCUUCGGUGGAUAACACCCUCCUCGAUCUGCUUAAUUCUUCAUAUCCUACUCAGCUUCAUUCAUUAAUUGCUAAAUAAAUUAUUUGGUGGUUGAAAAAUAGUGAAUAUGAAAAGUUUUAAGUCUUUUUAACAAGUUUCAUUUUCGCUGAUGACUUUCGGGGUGUUGUCAUUAUUCAAGGGUUUAUUUUUUCUGCGCGUUCCACCGUCGCGCGUGUCUCGCUUUCCUCGGUCCCCUCGAGCUUGCCUUCGCUCGACUGAAAAAUUCGAAAUAAUAACGCCUGUUUUGCAGGCUAUCUCUUCUCGCGCAAAAGUGUCUCUUGCUUGUCUUAAAGAAAAAAAAUCCAUUUUACUCUGAGAAAAAUCAGAGACUGAACUUGUCCUUAUGCUUUGCGCCCAGUUCGUCUUUUGAAAUUGUUCCUUUUUUUUCCUAUCUCAGAUUUUCCUUGUAUAUUUCUAUGCUGGCAUUAAGAAGAUCGAUAUGGACUGGAUGACAGGCUACUCCAUGACUGGCCUUUCUCGAGAAUGGGUCUUUGAUCCCUUUCGUUUGUUUCUUUCUGACGAAACAAUUGACUUGUUUCUAGUUCAUAUUGGUGGAUUAGCAUUCGAUCUCUCAGAGGGUUUUCUUCUCGCUUUCGACAAGACCCGUCCUAUUGGAAUAUUUUUUGGUGCUAUGUUCCAUGGUAUGAAUUCACAGAUUUUUGAGAUUGGUAUGUUUCCAUACGCCAUGAUGGCUACCUUGCCUCUGUUUUGCGCUUACAACUGGCCAAAAAAGGUUUUAUCCUGUCUACCUAACUUCAUGGCUAGGAUUCUACCAUCGCUGGAUGAUUCUCAAACUAGUACACACUGUGUAUAUCCAGCAUUCACCGUGAGUGAAGAUAAACAGCAGCUUGAUAGAGAGAAAACAGCAGAGAAAAAUCAAACCCCUGGAACAAAACACAAAGCUCUUGUGUUAAUUGUACUAACUUACAUAGGAAUACAGCUCUUCCUUCCAUAUUCACACUUCAUAACUAAGGUAAUUUUCUCCUUUAUUUCAGUCAUAGCAUCUUAAGUUUGCUCUGAUGACACUAGUAUAUUUCUACAGACUGUUUCUCCAUCAAAAGUAACCCUAAGGUCCCGUUCAUAUGUAGAAAACUUUUCCCGGGUAGAAGGAGUAGAACGGUCACUCGCCUACCCGCGUUAACCCUGAGCCAACUUUUCCCAUAUUUCGUCACAAAAUUUGUCAACCAUUCACAUGAGGAACAAAUAGUUGGCUCUGCCAGAACUUGAGGGUAACCGGAUCACCCUUUUUCGAAGGUAGGGUCACCCUCUUAGUGGGGCCACUUUUCUCCAUAUAAACACUUUGGCUCGCCCAGCCAAGUCAACUCAGUCAAGGUGAGACAAUCAGAGCUUGUGUGAGUGCUGUUGUCAGCUCUUGGCUCCGGUAAAGGGGUUAUCUUUUUUCUCAUAUAAACGCUCGCUGAAGUUGACUGGGCUGGGAGGGUGACCCUCUUCACCGGGACAAAGUUUUUCCGUAUAAACGGGACUUAAUACUAAUAUGGAAAAAAUUGAAAUGCAUUUUAUCCUUCGUUUUUUUAAAGGAUGAAAUGUCUUUUCUCCACCCUAAUCCGGAAGAAUUGAAAACACAACGCUUUCAGGAAACCAUUAGAUUAUCGUGACGUCAGCGUUGUCGAAAAGUUCCGUUUUCCAAAUGUUUUCCGUCCAAACAAAAAAGCAAAGCCGGCAUUUCAAAUUUUUCCACUUUGAUGAGUUUUCCGAAAAAUCCUGAUUAGUGUGGACAGCAGGCCUAACUAUAGGAAAAAGAUGCGUUUUCAAAUUUAUCUGGCGUAGUGUCAGUGGACAGUACCUGAAUAAACAUCGUUCUCAUAUACUCUAGCCUGUUCCAGGCUCCAAGAUAAUGGUGAAAAGUCCUUAAGUAAAAAGAAAUGCGAAAAACUCUGGGGGCAUUUUUCACGCCGCCACCGCCGCCCCCUUUCCCAAGUCGCGCGCGUCUUAUUUUCGCUUUGCUCGUUUUAAUACGUCCCCACUAUCUGAGAGCCUGGCACAGGCCACGUAUAUUCCAAAUUCACCAUUUGAUUUCGUUGUGUAAAUGACACCCCUCCACGUGAAAUCUAAUCCUAACAUUAUGCAGGAUGUUUGUGACAUGAACCCAGCUUAGUGGCUUUUGCUUCCACAAAUCUCCCGUAGCUUAGUGAUAGAGCAUUAGGACUAGUAACCAGGCCCCAGUUGGUCGAAAGGUGGAUAACGUUAUCCACUGGAUAAAUCUCUAACCAGUGAACAACGCAAUUGGUUUUCCUAAUACUUAUCCACUGGAAUUAACAAUUAUUCCUCGAGCCCGAAUGGCCUCUGAGUCAAUAGCCCAUGAGGCCCAUGGGCUAUUGUCUCAGAGGACACGACGACGAGAGGAAUAGUUGUUUUAGUAAAAUCCAACUAGUUGGUCAAAAAUAUCGAGACAAAACAACUAUAGCUAGCAAAACGCGAUUCAGCCGCCAUUGUUCUGGUUUUUAAAGCCGGCGCUUUUCGCUACUAGUGAACUAUAACAUAUAGCUUAGUAGUGGCUCCACCAAUCAGAACGCAGCAUUGAUAAUAGACCACUAGUUGGAUUUUACUAAGGGAAAGUUCAUUUAAUAUGACAAGGGGGGGGGGGAUGAAGAUAUUGAAACUCGAAGCUUGAAAUUUUAGCAGCCCCCCUGGCUAGCGGUUCAAUUUUUUAGGAGCCCCCUCCUUGGUAGUCGAAAAAAUUUCAGAGCCCCCCCCCCCACCACUCCUCCUUCAAUUCCUUUGCUCCCCUGAAAAAAGAUCGCUAGACUGUAUUAAAUAUAUUUACCGUUAUUGUCUUCAAUGGUUUGUACUGUAACAAACUUGAGAUACAGUUGUGAUACAAUUUUCUAAAGCAUUUUUAGGAUGAACAAGAGUGUAAUAAUUACUGAGACUACAUUUGUUAUAUCUGUAAACCAAGUGAUAUAGCUGAGUUGCACAGGUCAUUAAAUUGUUGAGUUGAAAACCAUUCGAUCUGUAUGAUGAUGUCAUGUGUUGGUUUUGAAGUAUACAAAUUUUCGGAGCCCCCCCUCCUAGCGCAACAAUUUUUUCAGAGCCCCCCCUUCGGGUGUCUAAAAAUUUUCGGAGCCCCCCCUCAAUAUCUUCAUCCCCCCCCCAUUGUCAUAUUAAUGAACUUUCCCUAAAACGAUUUAUCCGGUAGAUAGCGCUAUCCAUGACCUUUUGUCCCCUGUUGUUCAAACGUUAGGUUCAACUCCUAUCGGGCGAACUCGAAUUUCGUCUUUUCCGAGUCAUGUGAGGUGAAACUGAUAUAAAAAGCAUAAUUCUCAAUCAGCUUAUUAUCUUUUCUGUUGCAGGGAUAUAAUUCGUGGACUCAAGGUCUGUAUGGCUACUCCUGGGACAUGAUGGUGCAUUCAUGGAGUACUCAGCAUGUUAGGGUUAAAGUAGUGGACCAGGUGUCAGGAGAGGUCACUUUUAUAAGGCCCAAGGUAUGUCAAUUAAGUUACAUGAUCCACGAUUCAGUAUCGUCUAACACUUGCUCAACAAAUGUUAGCCGAUUAGUAGGUUUUUCAAUGACCAAACGUUACAUUCAACAUUUUGUUUCCUGAACAAUUGUUGGUCAUUAGUAGUUAAACAGCGUUGCUACGUGUCAUUGCGGGCGACGAGAGGAGCCCGCAAUCCUAAUCUCUAGGUUGUUAUUACGCAUGCGUCGCAUGUAUGUAGCCAGCAUUCGUUUGGACUUCCAAUAAGAAUGUUUGGAAUGCACAGAACGCGCUUUCAUCAAGCGCGUUUGUACCUUUUCUCACUCGCAAUCUGAUCACGCGUGUUAUGACCAUCUUUCACGUGAAACCUACGCAAAGCACAGCGCCGGAGCAAAAGCGUUUUGACUUUCGAUCGUUGUUACCCGCACUCCGUCAUCUUUGGUUAUUACCUAAUUUAUAUUUAACAUUAGUAUUCUGGUUUUAAGUUCACAUGAAAAGUCACACAAGCUAAGUAAACAAAAGAACAAGAUGGCAUAAUAAAGAGAUGCAUACUGUUGUCCUCUCAACACAUGACGGGGUACACAGCCCUAUGGCAAGUUAUUAGUGACUUCCGGUUAUGCGCACAAUUAACACAUAGCUUCAAUUAAGUUAUGGCAUAGCACUGCUUUUAUAUGUAGAAAGUGUCUCCCCAAGAAAUCGAAACUUAAAUUAGAGUGUAAUGCCAGCUGUCUGGGACAUGGAACAAGCACAACCGACUGAGGUCGUCGACACUCAACUGAGAUGGGGGACUGUAUCAGCAGCCUCUAAAAAAGGGCCAACCCAUUUGGCGGAUUUCAAUUAAGAGCUCUGGUAGAACUUCGAUUCUUUGUGCAAUUUUUACAGUUAAAUCCAUUUGCUUAUUAUUUGUUUUAAGGCGUGGCUAAGAGAAGGAAGGAUGAGACGCUGGAACUCUCAUCCAGACAUGAUCAAACAGUAUGUAAACUGUAUGGCUGAAAAGCUUAAAGCCUCCAAAGAACUCAAUAUCACUGAGCCAGCGAUCUACCUGGACGUGUGGCGAUCGAUGAACAAACGUUUUCAACAGCGUAUGGUCGAUCCCACCGUAGACAUCGUGAAGGCUCCAUGGUCGCCAUGGAAACACACCCCUUGA